AUGCACACUCAACCAGAGUAUGGACUUGACAUAGCCUUAGCAAACAAACUUCAAAGGUCUUUCGCAUGGGUGCCUCCACUCACUGGUGACUCUCACAACUUGGACAAUGAAUUUCUUGCAGGCCCAGAGUUGAUAAUGGAUGAAGAACUGCUCAAAGAAUUCAGCAGGUUUGAAAAUGAGAUGCUGGAUUCAUGCCAUGGCUUGCAAGAACUUGAAGGUGUUAUUGAUUGGAACAAGCUGGAGAAGGUUGAUAAAGGAAUCACACCUGUGGGAUUUAUCGAGGAAAUUGAUGUGGUUGGCCAUGGGUCACAAGGCAUGGAGGCACUGAUCAGCAAAACCCUGAUUUGGAGAGUAUGGGGUAACUGGGACGUAGUUCACAAUGAGUCGUAG